UUUUUAUUUAUCGUACCGAAGCCGAAGCGCAGCGCCACUCGUUUGCUGUGGCAGGCUAGCAAAAGCAAUUUAAUAAACAGCUCCAGCUGAGACCCGCGGAGGCCGUGUUGUGUCGGCGAUUAAAAUGAGCAAAAACGUGAUUGGUCCUGCUCUGCCUCCUGGCUUUGGAGGCUCCAAAGAUGAAGAUUCCAGCUCUUCUGAGGAAAUGAUAGGGCCCAGCCUGCCCACCACCAGUCAAAUUGGACCAGUUUUUCCACCCUCCGUGACCAAAGAGAGCGAAUCGGACAGUGAAGAGUCUUUUGACGGCAUCGAACUUCACGAUGAAGAGGAUUUGCAAACGUCCGCUCAGUUUGGACCAGCGCUGCCGCCAGGCUAUGGACAGAAGAAGGUGCUUGGCCCGUCACUUCCCCCUGGUCUGAUUCCUACGACAUUGCCUGAAUCUGAAAGUGAUGACGACGAUGCUGGCGUCAUCGGCCCUAGGAUACCGGGAAGCGAGGCUGACGACUCUCAUUGGGCGAGGGUAGUCGCGGAAAGAGCGGAAAGGAUGAAAAAGAAACUCACUGCCACAAAAGACGACAAAGUGGCACGAGAGAGCUGGAUGUUGGAGCUACCAAAGGACAGAUCAGGCCUGCUCGGCCUGGAUGCGCGGCAGUUCAGGAAAAACGCCGCCCCUGACAAAUCGGCAGACAACUCUGGUUGGACGGACACGCCAGAAGACAAAUUGAGGAAAGAAAAAGGAGGGCCCAGUGUUGCUAAAGUGGAUUUAAAGGAGGAACUUACCGAAAAACUAAUUGCAAAGAGGGACAAAGAAAUGGCCAAGAUGGCCAAAGCGCACAAGAGAGAAUCCAAGUCUCUGUUAGAUUUGCACAAGGAAAAAUCUAAAAAGUCAAAGAAAGAUGAUGGUGAACGUCAAAUGUUUGACAGAGACCGAGACUUGCAAGUGAAUCGUUUUGACGAAGCGCAGAAAAAGUCUGCAAUAAAUAAAGCGAAAUUCCUUGACGACCGCUUUUCCAGAGGCCACCAAAAGUUUCUGUAACUUUGUAUUUAAAACCGUUCAUUUUUUGUACCAUCGAUUGUAAUAAAGUUCACUAUCAAUCACCGUCAUAAA